AUUUUUUCUCUUCUUUAUUCGUUGUUGUUUCAUCUCACAAUCCCUCUUUCGAUGUCUGCUCUUCGCACCUUCACUUCCGCCACCAAGGCUGUCCGUCACACCGCUUUCCGCUUUGCUCCCGCCACCGCCGUUGGGGCUAGCCGCGCUUAUUCUUCCAAGACCCAGACCUUGAAGGAACGUCUUGCCGAACUUAUUCCCCAAAAGAAGGAAGAGGUCAAGGCUUUCAAGGCGGAAUACGGUAGCAAGGUCCUCGGUGAGGUCACUGUUGAUCAGGCCUAUGGUGGUAUGCGUGGUAUCAAGGGUCUCAUCUGGGAAGGUUCCGUCUUGGACGCUGAGGAAGGUAUCCGUUUCCGUGGUUUGACCAUCCCCGAUUGCCAAAAGGUGUUGCCUGCUGCUGAAGGUGGCCAGGAACCUCUUCCCGAAUCUUUGUUCUGGUUGUUGGUCACUGGUGAAGUGCCUACCCAAGAACAGGUCAAGUCCCUUUCUGCUGAAUGGGCUGCUCGUUCUGACAUUCCUGAAUUCGUUGAGGAAAUCAUCGAUCGUUGCCCCAAGACUCUUCACCCCAUGUCUCAAUUCUCUCUCGCUGUCAAUGCGCUUCAACACGAAUCCUUGUUUGCCAAGGAAUACGCCAAGGGUUUGAACAAGGCCAACUACUGGGACCCCACCUUUGAGGAUACCAUGGACUUGAUUGCCAAGCUCCCCAAGGUCGCUGCCCGCAUCUACCGCAAUGUUUACAAGGAUGGCAAGCUUCCUGAGAUUGAAUCUGAUAAGGAUUAUUCGUACAACUUCUCUAAACUUUUGGGUUAUGAAUCCAACUCCGACUUUGUUGAGUUGAUGCGUCUCUACCUCACCAUUCACUCGGACCACGAAGGUGGCAACGUCUCUGCUCAUACUACUCACUUGGUCGGUUCUGCCCUUUCUGAUCCUUAUCUUUCGUUCGCUGCUGGUUUGAACGGUUUGGCCGGUCCUCUUCACGGUCUUGCUAACCAGGAAGUGUUGCGUUGGACCUUGAAGUUGAAGGACAACAUUGGUGUUGAUGCUUCCGAAGAAGAAAUCAAGAAGUACUUGUGGGAUACUUUGAACGGUGGUCAAGUGGUGCCUGGUUACGGCCACGCUGUGCUUCGCAAGACCGAUCCUCGCUACACUGCUCAGCGUGAAUUUGCUCUCAAGCACUUGCCCGAUGACCCCUUGUUCGGUUUGGUUUCCAAGUUGUACCACAUCAUCCCCGGUGUGCUUACUGAACACGGCAAGACCAAGAACCCCUGGCCCAACGUGGAUGCCCACUCUGGUGUCCUUCUCCAAUACUACGGUUUCACCGAACAAGACUACUACACUGUCCUCUUUGGUGUCUCCCGUGCCCUCGGUGUCACUUCUCAGUUGAUCUGGGAUCGUGCCCUUGGCAUGCCCUUGGAACGCCCCAAGUCCUACAGCACCGCCCAUCUCAAGAAGAUGUUCGCCAAGAACUAAAAAGCGCCCUUCUCUCAAACAACUACACACAUAUAUCAACCUCAAACAUCCUUUGAACGUUGAUUGCAUGCAUUAAACAAUGCGAAAAAAAAGAAAAGAACCAAAACCGAAAAAAAGUAGAUUAUUGUAUCCUCCUUCGCUUUAUCCCUAUCUCUUGUAUAUUGUUUUUUUUUUGGUGUCGCAUGGCCCAAAAAGAAAAAGGAAACCUAUCUGCAUUUCCCUCUUUUUCACGUUAGAUUCACAGAUACGUUUUUUUUUCCUUUUCUUUUUCAUGUUGACAUUCCCCCUCAUUUUGUGAAAUAUAGUCUAUCUUUUCAAAGACGAUGCUGUGUGUUAUAUUAUAUUGUGCUUCAUUUGAAUUUUUUUGUUUG